UGUACUGAAAAAUAGUGGAUCUCUCUUUUCUUUCAUACAUGCCAUCUCUACCCACCAUCGAUUCCUUUAAACGUGAACUAAAAACACAUCUGAUCCACGAGCAUUGAUCCUUACAUCAAUCAAAAAUAGCUGCCAGUAGUUGGGAUAAUAGUCUGUUGACUAAUUCGCCUGCUCGUCUUUCUUUACAGAUUUAUGACACUCUCCAUCCUAAAUGUUUGUUUCCUGAUUCCUCUUUGUGUUCAGUAAAUAGUUAUCACGUUGACGACGACCAACACACUGCAGGCAAGGGACGCUACUCUAAAGUAUUUACACAACAGGGGACUGUACUCGUGGUGGUGGGAGAGCGAGGUGACAGACAACGCAUUGUGAACAGACAUCGUCGGCCAUUUCCUUCGCCAUGAGCUGGUUUAAUAAACUGUUUGGGCUAGAUAACGAGAAAUUAGGAUUCAGAAGCAUUCACGAAAAGCCUAUUUUAACACCAUUCUUCCCACCAACAGAUGUGGAGCCUCCACAACAACGCACAGUGGAGCCUCCACAUCAAAGCACAGUGGAGGCACCUGAUAAAAAACAGUCCUCACCUCAAGUUGAUGAAAGGCAACACUUAUCUAUGGAUCUUGGGUUCCAAUCAUCAGAAACGCGUGGUGGUCAACUAAUGGCCCAGGCCCGGGAACUUGUUCUUCGUGUUGUUCCUUUGGAAGAAGACGAUUGUCUCAGCUGCAAGCUUAUUGGCACUGGUGUUUGCUGGGGUGCUGCUGUAUUUGUUAUUUGGAGCUACCGCAGGUCUAAGGCUAAAUAUACUGGCUUCAAACGCACCUUCUUUGCUUUACAAGCAUUCAGCCUUGUUUUUGGGCUUUCUCUUAUGGGAACAGCAAGGCUUUUAGAUAAAAGUCUUUUUGAAAGGCCAAAGGAUCCUGAUGAGGAGCGGUCUUUAUCAAAGUUAUUUAAGGACGACAUUAACUAUUUCAAAUCUUUAUUUUCAAAUUUAUCAAAGUCAUCUACUGCCAGUUCCAGUUCAGCGAAUUCUGAAACAGCUUCAAAGAAACCUGAAAAUAAACAAGAUGCAUAACAUUUUGUGUGUGACUGAUAACACAGGUAUAUAAAUGUAUUAUACUAUAUCCUAUGAAUUAUUAAUACAGUAGUGAUUCUUAUGUACAGUUUUUGAGAUGAUGAUGAUGAUGAAGCGAUGUUUGUAGGGUUUUUCAGUUUGAAUGUGGGACACAUAAAAUUAAAUCUUAAGAUUAAAGUUAACACUGGAAAGGAAAUUCUUUUUGCCUAUGUAUGUCUGCUCAGCCAUACACUAAUCUGAAUAAACACCCUCAACAAAUUUG